AAUAAGAGUGACACCCUGUCCCUAUACCAAAUUCCGUUAUUGCGAGUUUAAAUAGCGCAAGGUAUAGUCAUAUAAGAUUUUGGAACACAGUCAGUUGUAUGCACCAACCGCGCAACUUGCUCUGUUUUAUCUUUCUCAGUUCUUCAAAGGUUUUUCAUCGUCCUUUUUCGCUUUAUCCAAAAGUUAUUGUUAGAUUCAGGGCACAAUGAUAUAUCUAGUCUACUAGUAUCGAAUUGUCUUAGGCUACCCUUCAACAAUGACCACCAGAAUACCGCUGAGACUAAUGCCCUUAGGAGGUUCGAUUACCUACGGCGUUGGCUCCGCAGAUGGUAACGGUUAUCGAAAGCUUCUCUAUGAAGCUCUGACAAGCUCCAGUUUCGACGUCACAAUGCUAGGCUCUCGUAGAACGGGCACCAUGAACAACAAUAGCCACGAAGGGUGGCGAGGAUUUAAGAUCAACGAGAUCCAGGAGAAAGGGGUGAAGUCCGCCAAAGUGCACCGGCCCAAUCUCUUCACAAUCAAUGGCGGCUCGAACGACUGUAUCCAGGGAUUCGAUUUGGGAAACUCAGGGAAACGAAUUGAUGAUAUGUUGCAGCGUCUUUGGGAAGCUUCACCAGGAUCGACGAUCAUUUUAUCUACGUUGCUCAAGAAUGAGGAUAUUCAGGUCAAUACCCGAGUUAUGGAGUUCAACCACCGCAUCCGGCAGCUUGUUCGGCAGAAGGAAGCUGAAGAGAGGAAAGUUGUGCUCGCAGAUAUGGACACACCCUACGGCCCCGAGGUUGGGGACCUCGUGGACGGAGUCCAUCCGAACAAUCAGGGUUACAAGAAAAUGGCCGAUAUAUGGUACAGCAGUAUUCAAACGGCGGCGUCCAGAGGUUUUCUGUGGGAAACUUGACCCUGCAGUGUCUUAAGACCCUUUCUCCUUCUUGACAUACAUCGUUCUUAUGAUGAGGUAUCGGCAUAACGCUUCCAGAUAAUACAGGAGUCGAUCCGAUUGAUAGCUUUUCAUUUGGUAGUGGCCAAAGCUCAAAUAAUUACAGUCUCUGCCAUUAAACACCC